AUGUUUUCCCAGCAGCACAAAAGCGUUCUUCAUCGCUGCAGAUCUCCAUCUGUCCUGUUUGAAGUCGUUGCCAAGGAACCGGAUCAUCUUUUGCUGUUCUGGGUGGCCGUACGACGUUCUCCAAAGACCAACAAGAACGUUUCGUUUAUGAAGAGCCAGGAAAUGCAACGAGCAAACACUCGGGUCUUUGUAUCUUCCCGUGUCCUGGGUCUUGAGAAACUCUGUCCGGGCCACAGUCUCCAUGACUUCUGCCAAUUUCGUGUGCUCGAUCCAGUACGCCAGAGCGUUCCUGGAGAAUUCUGGAGCCCCGAUCUGGCCCCCACUGUUCUCGUUGAUGAUGUUGAACAACAGGUCCUUGUUGUCGCUAUGAAGAGCAAACGUGACGUCGCGCAUGCUAAUUGA